AUGACUAUGAAAUUAAGUGGAAAAGUUGAGAAGAAAACAAAACUAAGACAACCGGCAUUGAAAUUCCUUGAUAUUGCACAAACAUCAAAAGUUUUUCGAGGUGUGGUGGUUGCGGCAAAUUGCCUUGAUAAAGCAAAAGUGGGCGGAGGACCUAAUAAAAACAAAACUAUUUGUGCCGAAUGUGGAGCCACAAGACCAGGUGGACUGGCCGGUGCCACUUGGGACGUAGUUCAUGGUUAUCCUUUUUGCUCCGACGGCUGCACUACUAGUUUUUUCCAAAAAUUAAAGCAGAAAUAUAUUCAACAAAUAAAAAACUUGGAUAAACUUACUGAAGAAGAAAAACGAGAUUUUAUUGACCAGAUUGAAAAUGGUCUACCAGGUAAUUUCGAUAACAUUCUUCAACAGGCUAAAAUUAUUAAUCAAAACAGGGGAGGAAAUGACCUCUUUUCUGAAAUCCAAAAAGCCAUUCAAGAAAUCGAAGCCGAACUCCUAAAAGAACCAGUUAUUACGAGUGAAGAAUUGGAUGCUGAUUCUCCUAUUGGCUGGAAAGAAGAACUAGAAAGCGUUUCUGGUCUUGCUGACCUUAACAAUAAAAAGGAAAUUAUUUUGAAAGCCAUUAAAGAGAAGCGGGCUUUGAAAACAAAAACGCCAUUAAAAAUUUUUCUCCAACAAAUCAUUCAACAAAUUAAAAGCGAACUAAAUAAAAAGCCUAAACUUCAGGAAUUAGACCCUUCCCAAUAUGAAAAAACUAAAAUCUCUUUACUGGAUCAACAACUAAAGGACGAAGGAUUAAAUGAUAGCAAUAUGGAUGAGGAAACUAAAGCAGCCUUAAAAGAGGCCAAACAAAACCCCACUCCUGAAAACAUUACCAAAGCCGAAGAAAAAAUCCACCAAAAUGGAGCCAAUAAUAAUUUAGAUAAUCUUCUAACUCAAACUUUAAAUAAACUUAAAAAAGGUAAUUUAACUGAAUCAGAGAAACAAGCCGCCAUCAGUAAAAUAAUCGAAUUCAUCCUUAGUGAAAAUAAAUAUCAAAGAGAGGCUUAUAAACUCAAAAAAUCAAAAGUAGAUGCUUUGUUGGCAGAACUAAGGGGAGAAAAAAAUAAUCAGGAAGGAGUUCCCUUGACAAGAGUAAUUAUUAUUACUGCUUUAAUUGUCCUGCCCUUGAUUAUUGUAUUUAUUUUGAUUCGGCGAGCACGACGAAGGAGGUUGAACUAA